AUGCGGCAUGCUCGGGUUAUGUUAGCAUGGCCUGUAUCGGCCGCCUCAAGUGCAGGCCUUGGGUGGGGAAGCGGCAACAAGAACAACAAUAACAAUAGCAACAACAAUAACAAUUACUCAACACCAGUGGUAACAGAGUUUGCACAUAGGGCAGCCGCACUAAAGCGAAGACAUCGAGGUAAAGGACAAUAUGAGUUUGCCCGACGAGAGGCAGAAAAGUUUCUUGAAGAAGAAGUUCCACAGAAUGGUAUCAAUAUAUGGAUGGAAAAAGGGAAUAAUGCGGUGGCUUUAUCGCAGGUGCUUGGAUUUUUUGAAAUUGAACCGGAUGCCUCCCUGCAGUCUCUUAUUACGAAUAAACUUGUACGAACAAUUGAUGAUGUCAAUUACGAUAAAACAACUCGUCUUCUUGCCGCCAUUGCCCUUACGCAGCGUGGGGAACAGCACCUGGAUCGCAUCUUCUCCGCUGUGGAGAAUAUCUUAUCUGAGGAAGCGCGUGAUCAUACGAAUGGGAGUAGUAAGAGUAAUGGAGAGGGAACACAAAUAUGGAGUAUUCUCGAACUUGCGGCGAAGGUGCUGCAGCGUGGUGGUAAACACACACCGAGUUUAUUAAAUGAAACACUCGCACGAAUGGUGAUGGCUCAACUCCAACGUACACCAACCACAGAAAUGCCAUAUCUUCAGGGAUCUUUAUUACGAGUGUAUGGAUGGAUGGUGCGUACGGGUAAAGUAGCAGAGGCUAAUCAUCUUUUAAUUGCCCUUGUAGAUCAUACAGGAGAUUUUCACGCUUUUGAUUUCUCUACACUUAUGAACUCAUGUUUACGGCAUAAUCAAUUAUCACAACUACCGUUGCAAUUACUACAUCGAAUGACACAUGCAGGAUUAAUGUAUGCAACGAAUGUGAAUGGACGUGAUGCGGCUUCUAUUCUUGGAUCUACUGCGAAGAUUCUCGGUUCUCUUGAACCAGGAAAGAAUGGAGUAACGGAACGUGAUGUUUGUGAAUUGGGAGGUAGAAUGAAUAUGUUACUGGGAGAAUAUGAAGCCCGUGUACUUCGUUUUCUUGACAGUAAUGAUAAACUUCAUUGGGAUCACUGUGAUGAUGUGACUUCUAUUGUCUUUGCCUAUGAAAUGGGUGGAAGACUUCGCUAUCGACAUGUCUUUGUUGCUUAUCAAAACUACGUAGCGAAGAAUGUUCACCGAUUUGAACCUCAACAACUUGCCAUUGCCGCAGGUAUUCUUCGCCGUUCUCAUCUCUUAUCUCAAGAGUUGGCGAGUAAACUUGGCGAACGUAUAGAAACUGUAUUGGGUGAGUUUUCCCUUUCAGAGAUUUGUCAUAUUUGUGCCACCUUUGCUCCCAUGAACCCUGCGUGGAUGCCAGAAGCAAAAGCCGUUGCGUGUCGUUUAUUACUACCAGAGUGUAGUAAUUACACCAAGUUAACAUUGGCCAUGGCCUUUCCAGAUGAUGAGACACUGCAUACACAGAUUAACUAUAAAGAGAUAUCUGGUCGACAAUUAGUGGAUGCUAUUUCACUGGCAAAGAAUACAAAGUUUGAGGGACUUGUAGUGGCAGAACUCAUUACACGAUUAAAUGCCGCACAGGAACGUUUUUCACCUGAUGAUCUCCGUCUUUUACAGGCAACAGGCCGACAAGAUGUUCAAUCCGCCUGUUUAAUCUACUUAUCCCAACGCUUUGCAGAGCCAGAGUGGAAUACAGACACAUUAUACAGUUUACCAUUGGCUGUUGGGAUUCCACACGCACGAGAUCCUGCAAAGGCACUUGCAGCCGCUAAAGCUAUUUCCAUUGCCCCAGGACAGUUCGUAUCACUUGUUGAACUUCUCACAAGUGUAUUUGGUGAUACCGCAGAUGAGGCACUUCUUGGUUUUGUAAUUACAGGAGGUAUGGAUUUACUACAGGCAUCACGGAUUCAAGUAGAGACAGUAAUACGCUAUUUAGAGGCUGUACGGCCUUCUCGCAAAAUGUAUCCAAACGCUGAAUGGAUUGCACGAUUUAAUGAACGCUUCUCACGAUCUCUUCAUAAUAUUAAAUUAAAAGAUGUACGAAGUCUUCUUUGGUCACUGCGUAUGAUAUAUGGAGAUGUGGCUCAACAACCACUUCUUCAACAAACACUUAUGGAAGUGGUAGAGGGAUCCUACCGUCAAUGUACACAACCUAAUGAAGAGAUUGCAGAAGUAACAGUCCUUAUAGCCCAUUUACAGAAUGGAAUGCCACAACCACCAUUAACAGAAUCCACACCCAUCAUUGUAUCUCUACGUAGUAGUGCUAGUAACUACCGUCAGGAGAUAAAGGAUGCCAUUUUAAGUAUGCCAUUACCAAAAGAAGUGGAAAAGAAACGUGUGGGUCGAUUUACACUAAAGGCUGUACGUGCAUUGGAAGAAACAACAAAAUCACCACCAUCAGCUGCAAACCCAGAGGUACAGGAUAUGAAUGAUAUGUUGAAUAUGGAUCCCUUUGCUUCUCCAACACCAAUAACAACAAAAACAACAGCAGAGACAUCUACGGGUAUGGAUCAAUCUCCUUCCAUACCUGUUACUACUACAACAACAAAUACUACAACAACUACUACUACUGUUCCAGUGGGGGAUGUAAAGACAACAGAGUUCGCAUCCACACGUGUUGUGCCCUCAGAAAAUUCUACGCAAACAACAGGAACGGUUCCCGUUGCGGAUAUCAAUACAGAACCACAACAAUCACAACAACAACAACAACCACAAGCACAACAGCAGCAAGAGCCGCAGAGACGUCCUGUGGAGCCUACAUUAGCGUCACCGAUGACAUCUCAAGGGAUAAGCAAUACAACUCCAUCCUCUACACAUUCAGGAGCAACUCUGUGGAAUUUCUUCAGUGGAUUUCCAUCAUCAUCAUCACCACCACCAUCAUCUCAACAACAACAACAGCAGCCACAACAGCAGCAGCAGCAGCCACAAGUGGAAUCAGUUCCGACGUUUAAUGUAGAGCAUCAACAAAGUUCUAGUGUAGCUGCCACACCUACGUUAAAGCCGGUGGAGAACCCACACGUCUCUGAGUGUGCACCAGGAUCAUCCUAUAUGAAACUCUUCGCACCUGGUUUCUCUAAUCCAUCGCACGAUUCAAUAAAGAAAGACUCCAUGAUACCGGAAACCACAAACACCUUCAAUAAUGAGGAACGAUUACAACCACGACGUACGAAUUUACCUCGAAUAGAUUCCACUGGUCAAACGCCUAAUAUGAAUACAACCACAGCUACUACGCCUUCAUAUCAGUAUGAACAACGUAAAAACCACUACGAUGGCUGGAAUACCUCGCCAAACGCAAAUGCAAACGCAAACACAAACACUAUGAAUGCCAAUAUGUCGUCUGUAUGGGCUUCUGCAUGGAAUAUGUCCAAUCGAAAUCCGACGAUGCCGCCAUCCAGCAAUAUGGGAAGACAGAAUACGUUUUGGUCACCCACUCCGAUGCAGACUUCUAUGGGAAUGUUUGGUGUGGGUGGUGGAAGUAGUAGUUCUGUUCCUUUUGGUGCCGCAGGGCAAGUGAAGCAUCAUCAUCAUCAACAACAGCAGCCACAACAACCGCAGCAACCUCAAGAACAUCAUCAUCAACAACAACAACAACAACAACAACAACAACUAGAAGAACAGCAACGACAACAAGAACAGCAGCAGCAGCAGCAGCAGUCUGUGUCACUCUCAAAUAGAAUGUCACCACGUAUGAACAAUAUGUCGGCUCCUGGUAACCAUUUGUUUGUGGAUCCUGCCACUAGUGUGCGGUCUAGACCGGUGAUUACAAAGAAGAAUCCCGGUAUGCGAGCCUCACAGGUCCCUGCCUCUUCACUAGAUGAAGACAUCAAUCAAAUGUAUGCAAAGAAUGAGAGAGGGGCUAACGAAGGGGUAUCUAACUUUAUGAAGAAAACUGGACUCUCUAGAAUUACAGGAUAUAAUAUGGGCUCCACAGAAGGAGAAACAGACUAUGGUGAUAAAAAAGGAUUCUGGGCCGAUGCUGUUAAGAAAUGCACAAAGCCACCUUCAAAACGACGAAAGAGUCUCUCUGAUUGGCUAAACGCACCAUCUGCACAUGAGGCCCCAACAACACCCAGAUCACGCACAACAGCAGCAGCAUCAGCGGCUGCAUCCACUGCUAGAAAUAAAGCCAAAGAAAAGGGUAAAAAGGGAAAUAGUAAAGAUUCCCACACAUCAACAGCAACAACAACAACAACAACAACAACAUCUACCACUGGAUCCACUGGAUCUGGUAGAGGAAAUACAUCCACAAGAGGAGGGAAACAAACAGGGGGAAAGGCAGCUGCCGCGAAGAACAGCAAAGGAGCAGCAGCAGCAGCAGCAGCAAAGACAAAGGCAAAGACACCUACACGAGCACCAGCAAAGCAGGCAGCAAAUACAACAUCGUCAAAGACGAAAAAGAUAGACAACAAAAAGGUAGUAAAAAAGAAAAUUGAGAAGAAACCUGUAGUGGUGGCAAAGAAGAGUAAGGUUGUCAAGAAACCUGUUAAGAAAGCGAAAGGUGGUAGCAAAAAGAAAUAG